AUGGUGUAUUUGGCACCAAGUCCCUCUCCAAGUCCCAUUCCCUCAGAUUGUGAUUCUAUAGAUAUAGCCCAUAUAUAUUUUGUAAAAGUUUUGGUCGUCCUGGCCAUUGUCGCCAUGUUCCUCCUGCACACACUUGGUUCAUUACGUCGGCUUUCGAGCCACGGCCUCCUCCACGCUAUCGUGAUGGGAAUCAACACUGUGUCCUACCCUCUGGUGAGCUACACCAUUGGGCGGAUGAAGUCUGACGAGUAUUGCUACGUCGACGACUUCGCCGUGUGGGCCGUGUUCAUGAUUCUGCUCCUGGGAAGCACGGACAACCUCACGGCUUGCCGCCUCGACGACAUCGACAACUGGAAGAGCAUCUGCGUGAAGCACCUCUGCGAGGCAUUCUUGGUGGUGUCUGUCGUUGUGGAUAUUACCUCGCAACAAAAUGACGACUUCCCCUACCUAUGGCCACUCUUGGCCAUCCUGUUCGUAUGCGUCCUCAAGUGGUAUGUUAGGAUCGCUUCCCUGAGGAUGGUGAGCAGGUCCUACCUCUCCAAGAACAUGAGGGUGAUCGACAAAUACAUGCAGCAUUUGCAUAAUAUGGACAACAACAACAAUCUAAUGCGGUCCUUCGAUCCAGUGACCAUGGAAGGCUACAAGUACAUGGUAGCUGGUGAGAAGUACUGCAUCAAGAGUCGUGGGUGCAGGUCAUGUUCCAACGAGGACGUCUUGAAAGUUAUCACCGUCGAGAAGAUCUGGAGAUGCACGGGGAAUCUGCUGCGCCUUGAGCAGGGCAUGAUGCUCAAGGACGUCUCGGAGGCAGGCCUUGAGAAAACCCAUGACUUCGUGUUCAAGGGCCUGCUCGCCGGGGACAAGCCAUACCAGCGGGCCUUCAGGGUCAUCGAGCAAGAGCUUGUCUUUGUCCAUGACAUUUAUUACACAAGGUACUCUUACUUCUACCAGAAGGGUAGAUACUUAGCUCUCUGUCUGCCUAUCAUCAUGUUUGGACUAUGCUCGUGGCUCACCUACCAGAUCGUCAGGGGUCGUCGUCACUCUUACAAACUGUUUCAGUUCACCAUAUUCAUAACUGUUGUCUUGGCAUUCCUAGAGGCAUACCAGUUGUACCUAUAUCUAGCCUCAGGUUGGUUCAAGGUGGCCCUGAUACGAAGCUACAUCAGCACUCCUUUCUUGCAAAGGAGCGGUUGUUUCCUUGAAAUGAUCUUAGGACUUCUCCUGAGGUUGAAGGCAUUUCCCUCGUGGAAGAACAGACUUGGGCAAUACUGUAUCCUCCGGGAGCUUGGCCACAAAGGCCGGGUGCGCAGUUGUCUCCACUAUGCAACACUGCGCCUGGUGGACAAGAAGGCUAAGAAGGGGUGCAAGAAGUCAGUGAAGCUGUCCGAAAAUGUGAAGAAAGCCGUCGUUGAUUCUCUACUAAGAAGCAAUGGCCACCUGACCAACGGCUUAACAUCAUUGAAGAAAAAUGGCGUCGAUGGUCACCUCUCAUGGGCAUGUCACGCUAAUGGUACGGACAGAUCAGUCACUCACACAAUACUGAUAUGGCACAUUGCUACAACACUCUGCAAGCACCAUAUGGAUGCACAAGCUAAGAAAGAAGAAAAAAGAAGACGCCGAAACUCUUUAUCGGAAUCCAUACUUGAUGAGUCAAUCGAGGAUGCACGUGAGAUACUCAAAGGGUGCAAGAGGAAGGAACACUGGUGUGACCAGCUAUUGAGAAAUAGCACGUGUAAUAGUAAUGGUGACGAAGCACGUCUCUGGCUGAACGGCGCUCGGCUUGCAAGGCAUCUGAUUGACGAACAAGAUCUGGCGCUUCGCUGGAAGAUACUCUCUGAAUUCUGGGCAGAGAUGAUGCUUUACGUCUCACCGUCCGACAAUGCCCGGGGACACCUGGAAGCUCUUGCUAGGGGAGGGGAGUUCAUCACGCAGCUUUGGGCGCUGCUCACUCAUGCCGGUGUGCUGAAGCGAGAACCUACAGGUCCAUAG